AUGAAGCGAGUUGCGGAUCUGAAAAGAAUUGGAAACCAUAAAAUGAUGUUCGAAAGGGAAUGCAGCAACAAGGAUUUCAUCACAAGGACCUAUCCAUGUGUUGGCAAAGAAGUUAGCAAUUGGAUUCGGCCGUGCUCGGAGCAAGUCAAUGCCUACUCAGCAGUACGUGACAGCGUCAAUCAACGCAUAUCGAGCACCUAUGACACCGCUGUGGCGAAGGUGAAGGCUACUAUUGGAGAAGACAGGAAAGAGGAUCUGCGGACUUUUGAAAAGGCGAUGAACUCGAUAGCCUUACUGGAAGGAUCAAAAUGUGGACUCUUCAAGCAGAUGCGAGUAUGCGUGCUACGACGGCUUCUUGAAAAAUGUGGACCGGAGGCGAUGAAAGCGUUCAACACGAGUAUUAGCCUUGGGUAUCUCCGAACAGAGCGACGAGAACGAUUAAACUUGGAUUUUGAGGUGAGCAGAGCUAAAGGUUUACCAAGAGCUUCUCAUUUUUACCAUCGAUUCGAGAAGUUCUCGAACUUUUGGAAUGUAUUUUCUACAUUGUUUUUAACUAUCCAGUACAUCCUAAUUGCAUUGGUCUUUGAACGAUGGAGCCUUCAAAGCGCUCAGCAGUGA